UUGGAAAUAGCGAACCAAGAGAAGAGAGACUAAGAGCUGACUGCUCUGAAGUUUGUCCAAUGUCCAUGGCGGCCUAGGGCUCAAUCAAGCGUCAAGGCCUUCAAUUUUCCGAAAGUCUCCAGGAAGAUUAUUCGAAUAAGAGCACAAAAGAUCCUUCGCCAUGGACACAAGGCUUUUGUUCCUAAUUUCCUGCUUCAUCGCUCGUCUUAGCUUCUCUUUAUCAGCUUCAGGGGAGUUGAACUCAUUCGAAUCGGUGCCUGAUCUGGAAAAAUCAAUGUACACAAUUGUUGAUGGGUAUCCAUGUGUACGGCUGCUGAACCUUUCAGGGGAGAUUGGUUGUUCAAAUCCUGGUCAUGGAAAAGUUGCUGCACCAGUGGUUAAAUUCAAGAAUGUGAAUCAAUUGGUUGAACCAUCUGCAAUACUGGUUUCCUUGGAUGAACUUGACAGCUUAUUGGCAAGAGUAUCAAAGGACACUAAUUUUGCUAGCCUUGUAGCUGGUAUAUUAGUUGAAUCAGGAACUCCAGGUGGAAACAAUUUCAAGGGAUUUUCUCCAGAAUUAAAGUUUCCAGAGGCUGAGUUUGCUCCCUAUCAGAAUAAAAACUUUGAGUGGAAUCCAAGUGGAUCUGGAAUAAUGUGGAAGGCUUAUAAUUUUCCUGUAUUCUUACUCUCAGAGAAUAGCACACUGGCCUUGCUGGAGGCUGCAACGAAGAAUGAGAAAAGCAAGAAGUCAUAUACAUCAGAUGUAGCUGAAUUUGGCCUGGUGAUGCAGACUACAAAAUCAGGUACUCAUGAUUCAGAGUCUUGUUUGAGAGAAGAAACUUGCCUUCCAUUGGGUGGAUACAGUGUCUGGUCAGCACUUCCACCAAUAAACACUUCAACUCCCCAAAAGUCAAAGCCAAUCAUAUUAGCAGUGACAUCUAUGGAUUCCGCUUCCUUUUUCCGUGACAAAAGCCUUGGUGCAGAUUCACCUAUAUCUGGGUUGAUUUCCUUGCUGGCUGCAGUUGAUGCUCUUUCACAUCUUAAUGGCUUGCAUCUGAGUAAACAGCUUGUCUUUGUAGUUUUCACUGGAGAAGCGUGGGGAUUCCUGGGUAGCCGGAGAUUUCUUCUUGAGCUUGAUCAACAUUCAGACGCUGUCAGUGGCCUUGACUUCACAUUGAUAGAAACGGUAUUGGAAAUUGGAUCUGUUGGAAAAAGCUUUGACCAGGGUGUCAAGAAGUUUUUUGUUCAUACAACAGAGGCUGCAUCAAUCUCAAAUCAGACAUUGGAUGCUUUAAAACGUGCUCAAGAUUCUCUUAAAACUGAGAAUGUGAAGAUCUCAGUAGCCAGUAAAUCAAAUCCUGGGAUACCACCCUCCUCAUUGAUGAUGUUUCUGAGGAAGAAUCCAGAUUCUUCAGGGAUUGUUUUGGAAGAUUUUGAUACUGCCUUUACAAACAAAUUCUACCAUAGUCAUCUGGACAAUCUAUCUAACAUAAACGCCUCAGCAAUAGCCGCAGCUUCCUCCCUUGUUGCCAGAAGCCUGUACAUCCUUGCUAGUGAAAAGAACGAAAUAAAUGAUUCCGUUCUGACUGCUAUUUCUGUGAAUAGCUCUUUCAUUGAUGAACUCCUUGGUUGCCUGUUAGACUGUGAACCAGGCCUAUCAUGUGACCUAGUGAACCAAUAUAUUUCUUCAUCUGCUGCAUGCCCAAGCCACUAUGUUGGUGUUAUACAGGGAGAACCAUCAUCUUCUCCUUAUCCUGGUUAUGUAGGGGAUGUGUCGAGGUUUCUAUGGAAUUUCCUAGCAGACAAAACCUCUGUCCCAACAGAAAAUAGAAGUGCUACUUGCCCAAAACAUUGCAGUGGCACCGGUGAACUGUGCAUCCGAGGGGAAACUGAUGGUAAAGGUGUAUGUGUUAUCUCCUCCACUAGGUAUGUACCAGCUUACUCAACAAGAUUGAAAUUUGAAUCUGAUAUGUGGAAGCUGUUGCCAACCAAUUCUUCCGACAUCAUGGGAGAUGCUGACCCAGUCUGGACAGAGAGCAACUGGGAUACGAUUACACUUCGUGUUUACUCGGUUCAACAUGCUUCUUAUGAUCGCCUCAUUCUACUCUUGGGUAUUGCUGUUACAGUUGCAGCAUACAUUGCAAUAGUUAUUACUAGAUCUGUCAUCAGGAAGGCCCUAAAGCGGGAUUGACAUCAAUUGCCUUAUUAUAGGAUUUACAGUCAACACGCUUCCUGGAUGGAACGUGAGGGUUGGAUUCGCUGCUACCUGGAUGAUCUAGCUAGACUUCAAAAUUUUAUUACAAAUACUUCCAUAGCUAACAUUAACCUAAAAACUGAAAGACUGGAGUUGUUUAUUAGCCUGGAUGUGGCAAUAUUUUUUUUGUGGUUAGGCUGCAUCCUUUUUUACCCAUUUGGGUAAAUGGCAUUUAGUAAAGCUGACUUGCAUAUUGUGGUUUUACCCUUUUUCA